AUGGCGAGCAAGAGGGAUAUGCGCCGGCCGGACCUGAUCGUCCCCUACCAGGAGCCCCGAGCCAAGGGCGAGAACGCCGAGUUCUCCUCGACGCUGUCGUCCACGCUGCCCAUGGCCGCGAUGCUCACGCGCAACAAGUUCAUCGGAUGGGCCUCCGUCGUCUUUUCCGUGCAGACCUGGCUCGGCGAGAGCGAGGAGACGAAGAAGAGCUCCGCGACGCCGGGAUAUUUCUCCGUCGGCAUGUCAGUUAUGGCCCUGGCCGUCACCUAUCUCCCCAUGUUCCUCCCCCCGCCCGUCCAGCGCGGCGCCGCCACCGGUACUGGGCCCGCUGCCCCCGUGCCCCCUGCGUAG